CGGUCGAACGUGUGGUUGUUCGUCGUCAGUGACGUCGGUAUCGACACUCGUAUAACACGUCUAUAAUGUUUCGGUGAUUUCAAAAUCGGAAUCGUGAGUGAACUAUAUGUUACAAUCAAAUACCUGGAACACAGUGAUACAAACAGAUUUUACCCUGGAUUUGGAUGUUUAUCGAUGAAAAGUGACAUUUUGGAUAUUUGAAGAAUUAGAAGUGCAGUGGAAAUUAUUUAAAGGAUUGCAACUAAUAAAGUGACAAACAUUGGAUUAUGAACGGAUGUUAAUUGAAGUGAACUCCAGAGUUCUGGUCGUGCAGUGGUACUAAAAAAGGGGUGAAUCGAAGCGACAGGACGGCGAACUCUAGCAGCACCACUGGAUACGCAAACCCCGCCAUCACCUACCAGGGAGCAUCAGCUCCGGAUACUGGCAAACACAACCCCCAUCAAGGGACAAUUGGUUACAGAGUCAACACCCCUAGCGGCUAUGGGUGCGCCGGCGGUCCGGGCGCGAUGAGCGGCGGGGGCGAGAACGCGCAGUUUGGCGCCACCGCCGCAAUGGUCGCCGCCGCCACCACGGCUGCGAUGCAGGACUCGCAGUCAUUCUCGCAGAUGCAGAACAACAUGACGAUGGGAAAUCCCCAAUAUGGCGCGAUGAAUGGUUACGGCCAACAACGUAGUCAUAACCCAGCAAUGACAGGCAUGGGUAUGGGGGGCAACGGAGGCAUGAACGGUAUGACCGGGAUGGGUCAAAUGGGAAACGCUGCCAUGAACGGCAUGAACCCGAUGGCGCAAAUGGCCAAUAUGGGUAUGCACGGAAACAUGAUGUCCUCUCAAAUGGGACCUGGGCAAAUGGGCGGGUCUGCAAAAAUGGGCCCAGGCUAUCAAAGGCGACAUACACCUUAUCCAUCUGGUACCAUGUUGAUGGGACAGCGAAAAACGCAGUAUAUGGGUGGUCAGCCUAGUUUUGGUCCUGGACAGUAUCCUGCAGGCUAUGGUGGAAGACCAGGAUUUCAGGGCCAAUAUCCACCACAGCAGCCCCUGGGACCUACUGGAAACUUUGGAGCAGCGAUGAGAGGAACUAUGAGGCAGACAACGCCUCCAUAUUCCAAUCAAGGGCAGUACUUUAACGGCGGUGUACCUAACCAAUUUCCACAACACCAAAGUGGAAAUGGACAGUAUGGUGGCCAAUAUAGUGGUCAGUUUGCUCAAGAAGUUGUCAUGCGAACAAAUAUGAGCUACCAACAUAGUCCUGUGCCUGGAAAUCCCACGCCACCUUUAACGCCAGCUAGCAGUAUGCCUCCAUACAUAAGUCCAAAUGCGGAUGUCAAACCUCACUUCAAUGAGCUUAAACCACCUAUGGGCAUGCAAAAUGGCAUGUAUGUCUUUACAGAUGAUGAGCUCCGAUUAACAUUCCCUGUAAGAGAUGGUAUAAUAUUACCACCAUUUAGAUUAGAACAUAAUUUAGCAGUUAGCAAUCAUGUAUUUCAAUUAAAGCCUACGGUCCAUUCAACGUUAAUAUGGAGGUCGGACCUUGAAUUACAACUAAAAUGCUUCCACCACGAAGAUCGGCAAAUGAAUACAAACUGGCCGGCAAGUGUUCAGGUGUCAGUCAACGCUACGCCAUUAGUCAUAGAUAGAGGGGAAAACAAAACAUCUCACAAACCAUUGUACCUGAAAGAAGUGUGCCAACCAGGCAGAAACACGAUACAGAUCACAGUAUCUGCCUGCUGUUGUUCACAUUUGUUCGUCUUACAAUUAGUACACCGGCCGAGUGUCCGAAGUGUCCUCCAAGGAUUAUUAAGAAAGAGAUUACUAACGGCAGACCAUUGCAUUGCUAAAAUAAAGAUGAACUUUAAUCAGGCACCAGCAAAUAACAAUGGUUCGAAUACCGCAAAUGACAGGGACAGUGUAGAACAAACCGCACUGAAAGUGUCGUUAAAAUGUCCAAUCACAUUUAAAAAGAUCACGUUACCGGCUCGUGGCCACGAAUGUAAACACAUACAAUGCUUCGACUUAGAAUCGUAUUUACAACUCAAUUGCGAACGGGGAUCGUGGAGAUGCCCAGUAUGCAACAAACCGGCACAAUUAGAAGGUCUGGAAGUCGACCAGUAUAUGUGGGGUAUACUCAACACGUUAAAUAGCUCGGACGUCGAUGAAGUUACAAUUGACAGUGGAGCUAAUUGGAAAGCUGCUAAAAAUCCUACAAGUUCAGGAAUAAAGCAAGAGGAUGACAGCAACGACAACAGCGUAGGAAAAAGAGGCAAAGCUGUAUCACCUGGAUCAAUGAACAUGCCAACAAUGAACAACUGGGAAAUGAACCAGGCUUUAUCACCAUACCUUCCGCCUGACAUGAACACUAUUGCUAGUGGCUCAAUGAUCUCUUCAUACAACCAAAGUGGCCAGAACAGAAACUCGGGUUCAAACAACCAGAAUUACGAAUUCGGCAUGAAUAAUGGACCUGGUAGCAACGAGUUUGCUGGCAAUGGACCACUGUCACACUUAAAUGAAAGUGUUAACUCAUUAGAUCCACUAAAUGCGAUGGAAAAGAGCAUUAAUGAGCAGAUGCCGCAUACUCCGCACACACCGCACACGCCCGGCUCUGCGCACACACCGGGCGGCGGCGGCGCGCACACACCCGGUUCAUCGCACACGCCCGGCCCGCCUUCAGUAGGACACAGCCUCACCGACGUCGAUAUACCGGGAGAUCUCAAUUUUGAUCCCGCUGCCGUCAUCGAUGGCGAAGGCACCGACAAUCUCAACUUACUGCCAGAAACGAGUGUAGACCCAAUGGAGCUGCUAUCCUAUCUAGACGCACCGGCGCUCGGAGAGCUGCUGGCGACGCCGCCAUCCUCAUCGUCGUCGGCCGGCUCGCAUCCUCCCCGCGCGCCAUCUUCCGACGAUCUCCUAGCGCUUUUCGAGUGAACAUCCUCGCGACUCAUAGCUGAUCGAAUACAAUGCCUGUGCAGCGACACAUGUACGUAAUUGCCGCGAAAGGAGCCUUCCCCACCGUGAUAUAAUUUAAAGUUUUGUUGUUAUUACAUUUAUCGUAAUUAUAUUUAAGCUGAAUGAAUCUUGUAAUGUUACAUUACAAAAUCAACCUUCUUUCGUGGCCCAAUAACAGAAUUUGGUUGAAAUGAAUUCAACGAAUAGAUCGUCUGUAACUGCAUUCUUGUUGCACAGAUAAUUUAAUCCUUGAUCAGCUUAGGUCUAGUAAGGCAUUGGCUCAACUCGCUUUUAGGCCAGCGAAGCCCAAAAUUGUGAUACUAGAUUUUAGUUCCUUCUCCGUUUGUGGCAAUGUUAAACAUAGCAUGUUGAAGUCUAACUAAAUGAAUCUCUGCCACCUUAUAAGGUGAAUGUGUCUUCAAAUUGAAUUUGCAAUAUUUAAUAUUGUCGCACAAAACACCAGUUGUUGAAACAACGGCGUUGGAGAACAUUUAUUAGCAUAUAGGUAAAGUAUUGAGGCGAGGCGUUCGCCGCGCCAGCCAUAGACACUGCGGUGUUGUGCAUGUAUAGUUCCUCGCACCGCCGCAUACGGUGGCGUUAAUGGGCUCCUUAUAUUCUAAACUCUAGCAUAAACUGUAAUACAAAUUUUCAUUGAAUAAUUCAAUUUCAUAUUCGACAUGAUAUAAUCAAUUAGAUUUUCAUUUUAUUUGUGAAUAGUUCGCCGGUGUACAUAAAGAGGAGUUAUUUUAUUUGUGCUAGUUGUUUGGUACUGUGGGCAAUGUCGUCGCGAUUUGUAAAUAUAAUGCAAUAGAGCCGCGCGCGACAGCUCGGAGGCAUUAUGAAUCUUAUAGUUCCUAUUUGAUGCGAGCGAACUAUAAUGUUCAAUUGCCAUUACUGUAAAAUUCCUUGACGUUUUCGCAUAUACUGCAUUUUUAAAGAGUAAGUAAUGGUAAGAUUAGUGAGUACAGCACUACUCGCAUAAUGGGUGAUAUAAUUAAUCUAAAUGAACUGUUUGAAAUUGAGAUAUAAAUUGUAACAAAUAGGUUACAAAACUAUAUUGUAAAUGUGAGUGCAAAAAUGAACUCUGUUAAAUUAUUUUGCGUUAUGUGAAGCGAAGAAUGAUAGAAAUAUAUUUUAAUUUCUAUAUAAAUUGUAAUGAACUGUAUUAUUUGUACAUAUAAAUCUAGCUAAGAAUAUUAUAUUACCUAGUUAUAUUUUAGAACAUGGCAGAUACUUAUAUUGACGGCCAGUUUAGUAUAGUAUUACUAAAAUUAAUAAAAAUCUACACAUGGUUUUACAUGUACAUAAUUCAAGAUACCAUAAUAUACAAGAUUACACGCGAUCAGAGUACACAAGAAUAAUAACGGGCGAAUAUUUUGGUGCGUUUUACUUAGUGAACCGACUUCUAAAACUUCAUUUAACUUACUCGACUGAUAUUUUUUUUAUUUUUUUGUUUGUAUAUUACGCACGUUUGUAAGUUUCGCCAAUUGUGAAGUUAUUAUAAUAUCAAAAUUAAAAGAGGUCGGAUUUCUUUGAAAAAGGAAAUUAUAAUUUAUUGUAAUUAAAAUUAGUUAAUUUUUACAAUAUUAUUAAAGUUAAAACACUAGUCUCACUUACAUCACAUUAUUUAAAUCAUUUUUUGUUUUUAAACCACAUUUGCCAAUUAUAUAAAUUAUGUAUGCAAAUAAUUGUUAAACUUUGCCAUACAUUUUGAUGGAAUGCUCAUUUGUGCUCUGAUACGCUUCCUUCACAAGUGCAAACAUGCAAAUAUACAUACAUACAUUAGUGAAAUGUCAUCAGUCUUUGCUCAUCGUAGUUUUGUUUCGUAAUAUAAUUAUUCCUUGUAACAAAUUGUUAAAAAUACGGAGUUUAAUCAAUAUAACGAAACUAUAUUUUUAUUGCAUAUUCAAUUGUUUUGUAUGUAUUCCUUUGUUACAACAGUUUACGCACAUUCACAGAGGCGGAAUAAAAAUGGUGAUGAGCAUUGAAGUGGCAAACAUCUUGUUUCACAUAUUUUCAAAUGUAUUUUUUGUUUCCUUUUUCUUUUCUUGACAACAAAACGCUAUUUCGACAUAAUUCUGGGAAUAUAAGUUUAUUUGUUUACAUGGAAUUAUUAAGGCGCAAGAUCGUGGAUAGUGGAAAUUUCUAAAUGGAAUUAAGUUCCCAUAAAAUUAAAUCAUUACUCCAUAAUUCAUUUAGAUGUUGUAAAUUUUUCUUACAUACUUAUACUGUUAAUAAAGUUUAAAGUAACAGUUUAUAAAAUAUCUCUAACUUAGAGUUGUAUGUAAAACUGUCAAUCCUUUCACUAACUUAUGUAAAAAUUGGUGAUUUGCGCAUCUUUACUUCACGCUAUGAAUAUGGACGCCUCUUUAGAGUUAGUCAAACUAUUACGGAAACAAUAAAAUUAGUAUUAUACAAAGCCGUGGUCAAUUACUCAAACAAACAGAUUGUCGUUUGUGUAUUCGUAUCAAUUAAUACUUUAUUUAGUUAAAUAAAUAGAUACAUGACAAUAUUGUCUGAUUUAUUGAUCACAGCUUUAACAUAAUAUACAUACUUUUAAGGGACCUUCAAUUCCAGUUAGCUAGUUCUAUUUAUUGUACUUAGUGAAUAUGACUGUUGGAUGAAUCAUCAGAACGAUUUUUGUGAGACCAAAUAGUAAUUUUUUACACAUUUACCUGUUUUAGGUAAUUUAAAUAACGAAUUUGUUUAUAUAAAAUUUAAAAUAUCACAAAAAAUGUAUAGCAUAUCACAUUUAAAAAAAAAACACGAAAAUAUUGAAUGAUUCAUCCACAGUAGUAAAUUAUUACAAUAUAUUUUGUUGAUUAUUAUAAUGAACUGCUGUGGAGUAGUAGACUUUGUGCUCGUACAAAUAUAAGAUUCAGCAUUUGGAAAUAAGUGAAAGAAGAAUUCUAAAUAAGUUAAUAUGCAAGCCAUGAGCCCGAGUUCAUGCGACGCCAAACUGUACUGUAGUAUAAUACAUUUUCAAUUUAUUGUGAACAUUUUAGUGAUCCAGUUGGUUCGAAAUUCAUUUCGAAAUGUGUAAAAUGAAAAAAAAUCAUAACAUUUUUAUGUUAUUGAAAAUAAAAUGACUUUAAAAAUUA